AAAUUAACAUAAAUUAUUUCAGUAUAUGUAAUAUAUUGAUUUUAUAUAUUUAUUUUACUAUUUUAUAUGUAUUUAUUUUGUCACUAAUAAUUAUUAAACUAAUAUUUUAUUAAUAAAAUAAGUGAAUACUGUUUAAUAUUGUGAAUAGUAGUGCAUGAACAGUAUUUAGCGUUGUGAACAAUAACAUACUAAAUAUGGUGUGGUACUGCAGGUUUACAUUAAAAUAGUGUGACUUUCACUGUUGGGUUAGAGAGAUUUUAAUGUAAAAACUAUACUAAAAUGAUGUUAGGCAGUUGGGUUAGUGAUGGUCUUAGAGGUUUUUGAUAGAUCAGUCUACGAGGCCAUUCACUGACAACGACUGUACUAACGCGUGAGGAGAGUGAUCACAACUGACACAAGUCCUUCUAGAACCUCGUCUUACUAACCAAUUACAAACCCUUCACUAGCUCUACACGUAAACUCACAGGUCUAAUUAAUUACUAAAUUACCUCUAAUUGCUUGCCCUGCAAGUAGAAGACUUGGUCAGGGAGCCUCUGGUCGGGUGCUAUUUAUCCUCUCUAUUUAUGCUUCGUUAAACGCGUCUCUUCUCUUGAUUUCUUUCUUCAACAAUUUUCCUCUCAAAGACUGUAAUUAGAUUCACGUCCAUGGAGUUUCCAUCUCCUAACCCAUCCGGAAGGGACGAAACAGUCGUUCCUCCGAAGAGAGGCCGGAUUAAGAUCAUGAUCGCUCGUGAUCUAGCUACAUCGGCGACCUCUAUCAUCUGGAAACCGAGGCGAAGUCGAAUCAAGAUCAUGAUUGCUAGCGAUCUAAUCAUAUCGGCAACCUCCCCAUGGGCCCAGAACAAACACGACGGAAAUAGCGAAGGCUGAACUGUUUCUCAGACUGCAAACGCUGAUCUCCAUGCAUGUGUCUCAUAAUUCGAUCGGAUCGGACCGGAUCGUCAAAUCCAACUGUAAAUUUGUGUGAUAUAUGAUAUAUGUAAGAGAGCAUACCGGUUAAUUUGGUUCUCAAGAAAAACAUACCGGUUUAUUCCCGGGGUUUGUAGAUAGUGAUAUUAUGGAUGGUCGUAUGCUGUACAAAUGUUGGGGUAAUACUUUGUAAAAUAUAUAUGUUUGACUCGAUUUACAUACCGGUUUAUUACCUGUUUCGAUCUUUUA